GCAUUGAAAGUUUGCUGUUGUUAAAUUUGUUUUUUUUUUCAACGAUUUAGACUUUGCUUGCCUUUGAUUUAUGUUACGAAAAUGGUUUAAAACUAAAUAUAAUAUGUCAGAUCCGUAUGUUAAGUAUAAUUUAGUUUCUAUCGUCGCGCUUUAAAACUCAAGAGUUUCUCCGUUUCCACUCGAGGACUUCAAGCUCGAGCUUCUGUUUCCUUGUUCUUUAGGACGCAAAAUACUGAAGCGCUUCGAUCAACGCUGCAACCAGAAAACUGAAGAGUUGUGAAGAUCUUCUGUGAUCUGGAAACAUGAUGGAGAAAAACGCUAUGCAUAAACAUGACCAACUCUCUAAUGUCAGUGGUGACAGUGGUUUCAGUGAUUCCUCAAAUAAGAGCAUGGGAAAUCCUCCUUUAUUCACAUUAAACAUGAGUGAUUCCAGAGCAGCAGAAAGAGCAGAAGUGUUAAAAAAACAUAAAUACACCAUAAAAGAAGAACUCACACAUGGGAUUUCAGGAAGAGUGUUUCUGGUGAGUCCAGAUGAAGAUUCCCUUGUGGUCAAAGAGAUCAACUACAGAGAUAAUGUGAGUUUUAAUCUAGACGCAGUCAAAAAUGAAAUCAACAUCCUGAAGGAUCUGCAGCAUGGAUAUAUCGUUCGUUACAAGGACUCCUUUGAAGAAUCUGGAUACUUCUACAUUGUGUCGGAGUACUGUGCAGGAGGAGAUCUGGACAAGAAAAUGAAGGAACAAAAAAAUAAACAUCUUCCUUUCAAAGAAGAACAGAUCAUUGACUGGUGUGUUCAGAUUUGUCUGGCUCUGCAGCAUCUCCAUAAGAACAAUGUUCUCCACAGAGAUAUAAAACCAAAGAAUGUGUUUCUGACUGAGGAAGGUUACAUCAAUCUGGGAGAUGUUGGAUGCUCAAAAGUGCUGCAAAGUGCUGAUGAAUAUGCAACAUCUGUUGUGGGUACAGAUCUCUAUAUCAGCCCAGAGAUCUAUGAAAAUAGACACAAUUCAAAAAGUGACAUCUGGUCGUUGGGAUGGGUGCUUCAUGAUCUCUGCAUGCUGGAUAUUUGGUCUAACAUCAUAAAGCGUCGCUGUCUACAUGCCAAAAGCUUGGCAGGAACCAUACCCACAAUCUCAAAUAUGUACUCGGGAGAUCUAAGGGAAUUAAUCAGUCAAAUGCUGAGCCGUGACCCUCAUGAGAGACCUUCAGCUGAUGAGAUUCUGGAUAAACCAUUCCUGGAAGAUGCAGUGGAGAGAAACAGGAUUCCAGAUGCACUGCAACAAAUGUUCUUGACUUCCAUCGAUCCUUACAGUGAGUACUAUAAAGACUUUGAGACUGUUGUGAGUGAGUGGGAAACAACAACAGAUUCACUAGAUGAGAUCUAAGGCAGUCUGACAGGUACAGUGAUCGGAGCAGCUGGAGGAAUCACUGCAUUAGUUGGUGUAAUUUUGUCACCGUUCACACUUGGAGCAUCUCUGAUUGUAUCUGGUGUUGGGAUUGGUGUUGGAGUUGCAGGUUGUGUAACUGGUGCUGCAUCCAACAUUACCAAUAAUGUCAAACAAAAAGCACUACAUCAGAGCUUUGAAAAACUUUAGCAGGACUACAGAGAAGCAACUCUGGAGCCCUGUGAGGCGUUCGACCGGUAUCAGACAGGUGUAAACCUGGGCGUAAUCUCGCAACUGAAAGUGGUUUCAACAGACGCCUCCAAUUCAGGCUGGGGCGCCCUCUACAAGGGCAGACCGACUUUUGGCCUGUGGUCAAGCCAAGAAAAGAGCUUGCAUAUAAACUGUCUAGAGAUGAAGGCGGUUGAGAACGCCUUACGGUUCUUCCUUCCCUUUCUAAAGGGCCACCAUGUCCUUGUCCGCACGGACAACAUCUCGGUGGUUUCCUACAUAAAUCGCCAAGGCGGUCUGAGAUCACAGAACCCUCAAGAGCAGGAGAAAGAGGAAGCCUGA